CAAAACCAGUAUCAGUUUUCGCGGCCCGGCCAGCGCCUCUAGCGUUCCUCCUUCCCCCGCAGGUUUCCAACCAUCUACCCUUCGGUUCAGACUACAGACAUCUAAAAAGUAAAAACUAAAACCCCUCCAUCGCAAAACUAGAAGGUGAGCAAGUUAACGAAUCUUCUUCACUUCUUAUUACUGCCAUGACGAUCUAGUUCGAAGCAAACCCUAACUAAAACCCUACAAAAGCCCUACCACUCUGCAAUAAUUUUCGCUAAAAGUAGAAACAGUAAAAUAUUGAUCAAGUUUGCCGGCGAUGAAACUGGGGAAGAUUAAUGUCUCUACCACAAAAGCUUGGAUCAUUAUCGGCAUCGGCGUCGCCGGGGUUAUAAUUCUGGCUGAGACCAGAAGGAGAAGAAGAAGGAAAACCGAAGCCAGGGAAGAUUUUGGUGCAUUCAUCGAACGCUUCGAGCUCCUUCCGGCCCCCCAACCCCCUCCUCCCGCAGCUCGCCAGCUUCUCUCCGGCCUCAAUUUCGCCAUUAGUGACAUUUUUGAUGUCAAGGAGUAUGUGACUGGAUUCGGGAAUCCGGAUUGGAAGAGAACGCACGAGCCGGCUGGUCGGACUGCGGUUGCCGUGUCGUCCCUUYUGAAAAAUGGGGCUACUUGUAUUGGCAAGACAGUCAUGGAUGAAUUGGCUUUUGGGAUUACUGGAGAGAACUUACAUCAUGGAACACCGAAUAAUCCAGAAAUGCCAUCUCAUGUUCCUGGAGGAUCGUCAAGUGGUUCAGCUGUGGCUGUUGCAGCUGGACUGGUGGACUUUGCUCUUGGUACUGAUACAACUGGAUGUGUACGAAUCCCAGGAUCGUGUUGUGGUAUCAUUGGAUUCCGACCUUCUCAUGGUGUUGUAUCAACUGUUGGAGUUCUGUCAAACUCGCAAAGUCUAGACACUGUUGGGUGGUUUGCCCGGGAUCCAUCUAUUUUGCACCAUGUUGGGCGUAUACUACUCCAGGUAUCUCCAGUGGAGCUUAGAAGGACCAGACGCUUUAUCUUCGCUGAUGAUUGCUUCCAACUUUCAAAGGUUCCUAAACAAAAGUCAGUCUAUGUUGUUAACAGAUCAACUGAGAACCUAUCUGGGUAUCAGCCACCCAAACACAUGAAUAUUGGUCAGUAUAUUGCUUCAAAUGUACCAAGUCUAAAAGGAUUUCAUGAACCAUCUUCAAACUUGCAUCAUGGAACAUCUACUUUGAAAGCUUUGUCUACUGUGAUGCUGUUGCUACAGAGAUAUGAGUUCAAGACAAAUCAUGAAGAGUGGAUUAAAACAGUCAAGCCCAAGUUAGGACCCGAUAUCUCUGGUCGUGUUCUUGCAGCAAUUAACACUAGCAAUGAAAACAUUAAAACUUUCUAUAAAGUCAGGAUUGAAUUGCGUGCUGCUCUUCAUAAUCUCUUAAAGGAUGAUGGAAUAUUAGUACUUCCAACAAUUCCAGAUUCUAUGCUAAAGCUUAAUUCCAGCAAAAAUCUGUUCACUGAGUUCCACAAUCAGGCAUUUGCAUUAUUGAGCAUUGCGAGCAUGUCUGGGUGUUGUCAGGUUACUGUCCCAUUAGGAAAGCAUGAUGGUAGUCCUAUAUCCAUUUCAUUUAUAGCAUCUCAUGGGGCAGAUAAGUUUCUUCUUGAUACCAUUUUGGAUAUAUAUUCCUCUCUUCAAGAACAAGCCAACAUCACCUCAAAUUCAUUGCCAAUGCAAGAUAUUGAUGGCAACAUUGAUACUUCAGAACUCUUGAAAGAAAAGGGAAAUGCUGCAUUUAAGGGAAGACAGUGGAAUAAAGCUGUUAGCUACUAUAGUGAAGCCAUCAAGUUGAAUGGCACAAAUGCAACCUUUUACUGCAACCGAGCAGCAGCUUAUUUGGAAUUAGGAUGCUUUCAGCAGGCUGAAGCAGACUGCAGUCAAGCAAUAUUACUUGAUAAGAAGAAUGUGAAAGCGUAUCUAAGACGAGGAACAGCAAGAGAGUCGCUUUUUCGUUAUAAAGAAGCUGCUGAAGAUUUCAAGCAUGCCUUGGUUCUUGAACCACAUAACAAGGUUGCAAAUCUUGCAGAGAAAAGAUUAAGGAAACUUGCAAGCUGAUGUUGCCGGAACCGUCUCACUACAGUAUAUUUCCAUAUACAGAGAUAAGUCGAUCCAAGAUAUUACGUUGAGUACGAUUUUUGCUGGAAAAAUCAACGAGUGAUGAACUAUCGCUCUCCUUUUUCCUACUUUUGUAUUAUAGAAAACCCUAAUUUUGACAUUUUGAGGGCGAGAGACAUUGAUCAAAUGUCAUCUCCUUGUAAUCAGUGCUGAAACCGAGCAUUAUACUGUAAUUUUCUUUAUGAUUAAUGUGGUCAAUAAGCCAGCGAACUCAGUUUUGUUCGUUCA